CGCAGCUGGAUGGCAGGGGCAGCCCGGAGCUCCCCGGCGUCGCAUGGUAAUGAACCAACCCCUCCCGAGGAAGAGGGGGGGGGGGGUCCGAGGUUGGCUCUGGAAAGAAACGGAGCUCCCCCUCCAGCUUGAGGGCUGUGGGUCGCAAGCCCCGGACCGAGAGGUGCCCUGGAGCGCAGCGCGGCUGGGGAUUGAAUAGGGAGAGACGAGAGCAAGUGGAGUCCUGUGCUGGGGUAGCCAAAGCACGCGCCGGCAUUGUGGGGCUGGGGCUGCUUAUCGUACCUGGAAACCCAGUUGGGGCUCCAGGGCUGGGCAGACUCCUUCCCCUUUAAUCACUUGGGUCAACCAACCAGGCUGAGACUGCCCAAGAUGAGGGGGGAGAGGCUGUUUCUUCUUGGAACCCUCUCCUCCUUGUUGCUCUCCUUCGCAUGUCAAAUGGUCGAUGGGGCUAGCCCACCAGGCGAAAAGGAGGUUGAAUCCUGGGGGGCCAUAUUCUGCGGGGAACGCCUGGAUACCUGGAUCUGUUCUCUAAUUGGUUCGGUUAUGGUUGGGCUUAGUGGCGUUCUUCCCUUGUUGAUCAUUCCUCUUGAGUCAGGAGCUGCUCUGAAGUCAGAAGAGGGAUCCCAUCGAAUGAAGCAGCUGUUGAGUUUUGCUAUUGGUGGGCUCCUGGGGAAUGUGUUUCUGCACCUGCUCCCUGAGGCCUGGGCCUACACCUGCAAUACCACUGCAGGAGGAGGACAGAGUUUCCAGCAGCAGAAACUUCUGGGGCUGUGGGUCAUCAUUGGCUUGCUGACUUUCUUGAGUUUGCAGAAGAUGUUCCCAGACUAUGAAAAGCAAGAACGCUUCAGCUUGGUGACUGAUUCUAAGGCACCUGCCAAAGGGGUUCCAAAUGGAAGUAGCUGCUACAUUCAGGAUGGGUCCAGUCCAGUCCAAAGAACAAAGAUGGGCGUGGCUCAGUGUAAUGGUUCUUCUCACCCAUCUUCACUACCAGCCAAGAAGAUCAAGAUCAGUGGAUACCUCAAUCUUUUGGCCAACACAAUUGAUAACUUCACACAUGGGCUUGCAGUGGCAGCAGGCUUCCUAGUUAGCAGAAAGGUUGGGUUCCUGACCACUAUGGCGAUCCUUCUGCACGAAAUACCCCAUGAGCUGGGAGACUUUGCUAUCCUCCUUCGUGCUGGCUUUGAUCGCUGGAGUGCAGCCAAGUUGCAGCUCUCUACUGCCUUAGGGGGAGUCCUAGGAGCCUGCUUUGCAAUUUGUGCCCAGUCACCUAAAGGAACAGGGGAAACCAUCGCUUGGAUUCUUCCAUUUACCUCUGGGGGAUUCUUGUACAUCGCCUUGGUAAAUGUUGUGCCUGAUCUCUUGGAGGAGAAGAAUCCCUGGAACUCGGUGCAGCAAGUUCUCCUUCUGUGCACGGGCAUCACGGUCAUGGUGCUUCUUUCACACACUGCAGAUUGACUGCUGCUGAGGCUCCCUCCUGCUGCUUCCCUAAGAGGCCUUCACUCGGAAUGGUUACAAAGCAAUAAGGGACACCUAUGGAUUUUGUUUAUUUUCAUUGUGGGCCCGUUGAUCCACCUGCUACUAAAUGUGGCAAAUGAGGAAAGGUAUGUUGGCAAAUCCUGGACACACUUUCUUGUUUUUAGAGUCACAAAAUGACUUCCAAAGGGUUUUUUUUAAAAGGAAAGAGAGGAGUCUUUAUUUUUUUUAAACAUUAAAUAAUUUUUUAAAAGGCAACAAUGAGAAGAGGAACUGCUGAUGGGGGAACAGACAGUGCUGCAACUAGGUGUGAACUGGAAUUGUGUGGACAAAAUAUGAGAAUUAAAUCUUGCCAUUUGGAUGAAGGAGUAAAAGACUGACCUUCCAGCCCAGGCCCAAAGAUGUAUGAAAGGAUGUUCCAAAUUGCCACCAAACCAGCUUGUUCCAUACUGUGGACCCGAUGGAAGCAAAGUUACUUUGUUGAACUCACUAGUAAAGGCCUUCCACUGCCUGAUUCCUCAGCUGAUAACGGACAAUCCUGUUGGACUAAAGUCAGCCCUUCUUGGGUGCUUUUGAUGUCAGCUUUAAGUUGUAAGCAGAAGACACCGACAGGGGGGCUGUUCAAUGUCACCACCAAAGAUUUUGUGGACCCUGCAGAGCAGACUCAUAGCUUAACUUGGGAAGAGUUUCUUCUCUUUUGGGGUCAGAACAUUGCUUGGAUGUGGGUUCAGGUGCUGUGUCCCAUUUCUCUUUCCUUUGGCUCACUCAGGAGCUAACUGAGCAAUAAGAAGGUCCUGUGUUCGCCCAUUGCCCUGGGAUGGAGAUGAGGAAACAUGCUUGUAAUUCAGGAGAACAUAGCUGAACUUGCAAAGCCAUUGGAAGGAGAAAGGCAAGCUCAGGGACUUGCUAGGACACCUGCAGAAUAAAAGCUAAGAAGGACUCUAGAAAAAGUUGGAUUUGCUUAAUGAGGAGGAGGAAGGAGCUAUGAAUUCCUGAUUAUCACCUGCGCUUUGCACAUUCCAUUUUUAAAAAAAUCACUCUGGGCAAGAUAGCCCAAACACUGCACCAAGCAAGAGGGAUUUUCGCAACAUGUUUAAGCAAAUGCACAUAUAGCUGCUUAUUUUUAAAUAACUUAUUUUGAUUCUGCUAGUAGUGAAGAGGGUCAUAAUGCACUGAUGCCCCAGCAUGACACAAGGAGAUGUUCCGGGGGUGUUGGUGGUAGAAUGUUUGACCCCACGCCUGAGACUUUCCCAGGCACUUUCAACCUUAAGGACUAGAGAUGCUCUAGCAGGGGAGGACUGGCCACUUAACUUACACAGAAAUUUCCAAGUGGGCUACUGCCUUAGAGGGCACUGGUGAUGAAAAGCAAGCAGAGCUAAGUUACAGCAAAUCUACCUGAGCCUCAGGGACCACUUGCCCCAGACUCGUCAUCAGCCAGGGCAGUUUGUGUUUGCUCACCAUCUGUCUCCUUCUGCAGAUUCCAGUUUGGGGGGUGAUACGGUAGGUGAGCUGUUGCCCUGUUUGCCCUGAGUGAGCUGAGUGGCCCUGCAGUGCUGGCUUGUAGCACAGCAGGGGCUGCUCAGCUUGACUUGCUCCAGGGCCAUUUUCACUUCCCAGUCCACUCCUGUUUUCUGUAUAAAAAUUCUGCUCCCAUAUUCUGUAUCUGCAUGGGGAAGCCCUGUUUGUAGUAUCCAUAGAGCCUGGAUUACAAUUCAUUCUCUGAGGAGGUUUCCUUGGAAUACAUUUGACACUUCUUAGUAGAUCUCAUUAGGAACCACUCCCAGAAUUCCUUGACUUACCUGUUUGCCUACCCCCACCUAGCCCCAGUGUGCUUAGUUCUUAGUCUUUGCUUCAGCUGCACCGGUUUGGAAGACAACCUCCAUCCUUGGGUUGGCUCUAACUGCCAAACAACAAACAAUAUUGCACUGCAGCAGCAAAAUCCUUUCACUGACAAAUGGUUAGAGAGCUGUUGUUCUGCCCCGUUUUUCCUUGGCACUCCAGAACAUCAGUGCAAGUUUUUACCGCUGCUGAAUGUUACUUAUGACAUUGUUUGUGGGGUAGGUAUGCCAUCCUGGAGAUGUAGUAGAGUAGUGCUGCAUGCAGUGCUGGUCGAUUGGGCUUUGGCUCAUGCUGGGGCUCAGCAGGAUUGCUCCUUGGGGUAUGCAUGUAAGUCCAUCUUAUCUCAAGAGUUACAAUGGCACUGAGCCAGUAUCUCCUGAUCUGACAGAUUCUUGCAUAAAUCAAACACGCUUUUGUGUGUGGAGGCUUUUUAUGCUGAAAUAAGAAUAGAGUGUCUGCGCUAGGACUUUCUGGAAUGACUCAGCCUGCUGUUCUGAAUGGGAUAAUGGUUUUGAAAAAUCAAGCCCUUUUACAUUCCAGUUGGGAAAAGAGAAGCUGGAAUAUGUUGUUUGUUUUAAGACCAGUAGCACACUCCAAUUACAAAUACCGACCUCUUCCUUAGUUUGUUUUUCAGUGUUCAUUGUCAUUCUGGGUUUCCUGAGUAGUUAAACAAGGCUUCUGGGAAAAGAGCAGCUCUUGUCAAGGGCAUUAGGAUGCUGCCACUCCUUUCCCAUAGGGGGUUCUCUGUAGAUACUCUUGGUGUAAGCACCUUCUGGAUUCUCCCUACCCAAACCUGACAUUCAGUUGAUAGAUAGUUCUGUGAGGAGGGACCAAAGACUCACUCUCUCUUUUUUUGCUAGAUAAAAGUUAAUUCUGGUGCCCAGUCCUCAGAGAUCUUAAGAACAUACCAUGCUCAUUCUAUAAAACACUUGCUGGAUGAAAGUUAAUUCUGCCAGCCAAUCUAUGUUUGCUUAGCCAUAACAAAGUAAUAUUGGUUUUAUAUUAGUUUAACUGCUAUAGCUGCUCCCAAAGAAUCACGAGGGCUUGUGUUGAAAUUUUAGUUUGGGGACAUGCUGAGACCUCUGUUAAAGAUCAGGACCAUUCCCCAAGCAAGAGGGAACUAUGCUUUAGCCCUUUCUAAGUCUGUUGUGUGGAUCUACCUUUAUUUAAACUUGGAAAAGCUUAAACCAUUUGUGUGUUGUCUCAGUAAGGCCCCUGUUGCAGAACUUGAGAUCUCCUGUUUUUAGGACAUUGCAGCCUUUGAAUGAGAUGACUUCAGGCUGUAAUGAGGCCGUCAGUAUUUUGCUCAGACUAUAACUUCUCAGACAGACAUUUCAACUCAUUUGUGUGAGAGGGUCUAAAGGCGUAUACCAUUUGGGCUGCAGUUCCCAAGAUGCUUGUCUCUUAUCUCCACUCUGCUGCACAAGCAGGCCCUAGAUCUGGCAAAAGUGCAUCUGCAGCACACCUGUUUAAUGGACCGUAAACUGGCCAGAUUCUUUAUUAGUACAAUGGUCUAGCUGCAGUCUGUAAUAAUGGCAGGAUCAGCAUCAGGGUGGGUUCACCCCAUGAACCACCUACCACCUUUGAUUAAGUAUGAAGUACUCUUUUUGUAUCCCCUCUUGAUACUUGUGUCAUUAGAACAGAAAUGGAUGGUAGCACAGGAGCAGCCUUAAGUCUACAUGGCUAGGAGUGCCCCCCCCCAGCUGUGUUGGUGAUUUUUUAACUAAAGGCUACAUCUCACCCAGAGGAAAACUUGCAUCACAUCUUUCUGUGAGGUGGCUGUGAAGGCAGCUAAUCUCUCUCAUGGCCUUUAACCAUGAGAAAAAUGCUAUUUCAGUCUCCGUAGCUGUCCUAGGACAGAUGCCUUUCCUUGAUGGCUGUUCUGCAAGGCAUUCUGCUUCAAGAAAGCACUGCUCCAAACAGACACUCUUCCUGCUCUCAACUAUCCUGAGUCAUUAAUCACUGGGGUGAGGGUGGAGGAUUUGGUGGUGCCACAAAACUCUUACCAACUGCUGCCUAUAUUCUCUGUUGUAAGAUGCCAGUAAAUCCUGCCUUGGAGGCAAGUGGGAUGUACUAUGUAGGGUACAGUGUCCACUGUUUUCCCCAAAUGUAUCUGUUUGGCCCGGGUAAAAGGCCUCUAUGUAUGCCUAGGAUGGCUGCCCAGAAGCUCCUGUGUUUUGGGGGGGUUUUUUGCAUUAGUGUCAGGUUUGGCAUGGGCUGCGAGCUCCAGCAGGAAUUUUCUGCUCACUCUUCAGGAAUGAAAAGUGGAUGAUAAUUGAUUCAGUAAUCACUCAGCAGUUGCUGUUGUUUGGCAAGCCAGGCUUGAGUAAGUGUGCAGAUCAUGAGAAGUUAUGCCUAAAGGGGCUGUGUAUGGUCCGAGGGAAGAGGCCAGUUACAAUAAUAACAUUUGAUUCAUAUACCGCCCUUCAGGGCGGCUUAAUGCCCACUCAGAGUGGUUUACCACAUAUGUUAUUAUUAUCCUCACAACAAACAUAACUCUGUGAGGUGGGUGGGGCUGAGAGAGCUCCGAGAGGGCUGUGACUGACUCAAAGUCCCCCAGCUGGCUCCAAGUGGAGGAGUGGGGAAUUAAACCUGGCUCUCCAGAUUAGUGUCUCACUGUUCUUAAGCACUACACCAAACUGGCUCUCAGCAGCAGUUAGCCCCACUGCUGCAUUUUGGCAUGAGGAUGUGUGUGUGUGUGUGUGUGUGUGUGUAUGGGGGGGGGGCGGCAUUUAACUUCUCCACAGCAUUUGUCACUUCAAGCAAUGCAAAGAGAAUUCUAUUUUCUAGCUUUAUUUUUUCACCUGCCAUUGUGCAUCUUCCUUCAUCUGUAUUGAUCUAUUUUGCAAGGCAAUAGAGAUGGAAUUAAAAAGAAAAAGAAAUCUGA